UCUAGCUGGAGAGUGAGUCGUUUGAACCUGAUGAAUGCCGAUUGAGGACUUUAUGAAAAUGGAAAGUUAUGAGGCAUGUGUAGGUUUUGAUCUCUGUAAGACACCCCUCUCCACUGUUGCUCAGAAGAUUAUGUGUGCUAUGCGUUCAGGUGCUUUCAUGGAUUCUAAGAAUGAGGGAGAGAGUACAAACACUUCAAAAGUGACCAAAAAUUCCAGUGUUCAUUAUUCAGUAUUAGCUGACCAGGAGAGGACUCAAUCACUAGAAACAAAGAAUCCUAAGUUAUUAAUAACCCAGACACCUAAAGGAUCUGUCAGGUCCUUUCCUCAGUCCUCCAUUGCUAAUCUCACAAGUCAGCUUUCUGCUGGUCAAGUACAGAACAGCAUCAGUGCUUUGGCUCUUUCCAGUUAUUUAAUUCCACAGAGUUGUCAGAAAGCUCUAGUCUUACAGAAGAUGGAGCAUACAAGAAAGCCCUUCCUAAAGGAAAAUAUAGCUAAAGAAAGUGAGGAAAGCUUGAAUCUUAAAAGAAAACUUAUUACAUGUAGUGAUUACCCAGAAAAAACAAGUAAACACAUAGCACUGGAAGAAGAUACUGAUGAGGCUGAAACCGGGCUAAACUCUGAAGACACGAGAAUGUUUGGAAAACAGCUUUGUGAUGUUAGGUACUUGGAUGAUUUAGCAAAAGUACAGCUGAUGGAUGUAGUCAAGCAGGCAGAAGCCCUGGUUGUGACACUGAUGUAUGAGGAUGGUUCCACACAGCUCAGAACCAACCAGACUUUAACUUGCCCUGUUAAAGGAAUUAUAGUGUUACUAAAAAGUCAUGUAGACAGCAGCCGUCUAAUUCCCACAGCCCGAAGUAGUGUUCUGGGAGAGAACUCCACAUCCACAGAUCACUGUAUCUACAUGCAUACCAAGCAUUCCCAUUUCUGGGACCCAAAGAAAGAGGCACAUACUCUAUUUGUCAAGAACAUGCUGUUUUGGACACUUAGAUGUAAAUGUCCUGUUGUUUGUUUUAAUGCCAAGGACUUUGUGAGAACAGUACUACAGUUCUUUGGUGAAGAUGAUAUUUGGAAACAUGUUGCAGGUUUUGUAGGACUAGAUCCAAGAGUUGCUGCAUGGCUCAUAGAUCCUAGUGACACUGCACCUUCGUUUGAAGAUUUAGUAGCAAAACACCUAGAAAAGUCCAUAAUAGUCAAACAAAGCAGCACAUUUGGUGAUACCUCAAGAAAUAUUGUGAAUCAGAAUGUAUAUGCAAACCUGAGGAUACUCUACGACCUCACGAUGGAUCUCUGUUCCAAGUUGAAGGCUUAUGGCUUAUGGCAGCUAUUUUGUACUUUGGAGCUUCCUUUGAUACCAAUUUUGGCAGUGAUGGAAAACCAUAAGAUUCCAGUUGACAAAGAAGAAAUGGAGAGGACUUCGGCACUCCUUGGGGCUCGCCUCAAAGAACUGGAGCAAGAAGCCCAUUUUGUUGCAGGAGAACAGUUUCUUAUAAUGAGUAAUAACCAGCUUCGUGAGAUCCUCUUUGGCAAAUUGAAGCUGCACUUGCUGAGUCAGAGGAAGCAUCUUCCCAGAACUGGGCUGCAGAAACAGCUGUCCACAUCAGAGGCCAUGUUAAAUUCUCUACAAGACCUUCACCCAUUACCCAAGAUAAUUUUGGAAUAUAGGCAGGUUCACAAGAUCAAGUCAACUUUUGUAGAUGGAUUACUAGCUUAUAUGAAAAAGGGCUCCGUCUCUUCUACAUGGAAUCAGACUGGAACUGUGUCGGGGAGACUUUCAUCCAAGCAUCCUAAUAUCCAAGGUAUUUCCAAGCACCCAAUUCAGAUCUCUAAGCCUCGGAAUUUUAAAGGUAAAGAAGAGGAGACUGUCACCAUCUCCCCAAGAACCCUCUUUGUUUCCUCUGAAGGCCACACCUUCCUGGCAGCAGACUUUUCACAGAUUGAAUUGCGCAUUCUUGCACAUUUAUCUGGGGACCCAGAGCUUUUGAAGUUAUUCCAGGAAUCUGAAAAAGAUGAUGUCUUUUCUACCCUUACUUCCCAAUGGGAGAAGAGUCAGUUCUUUGGUGUUCACCAACAUGGGAAGUUUCACCAAAACAGGCUUUUGCUUUGGGCUCUGUUGCUGGUUUGCAGAUCACCCAAGAGUGAGCAACACACUCUUUCCAGCAGUACCUUUGGUUUUUGCCAUUGUAAAUGGGUCUAAUGUGAUAUGACAAGAACAGAGAAAUUGGAUGUAAAUUUACAUUUUUGGAUAUGCUUGUUGUUCACAUGAUACAUUUAAGGUAUUCUCUUUGGUGAUAUAUAUUGCAUUAUAUAUUGAUGUGCAUAUCAAUAUAUACCGAUGUGUGUUACACUUACACAUACAAACACACAUAAGUGAGGGGGUGAAACCGUAGCCUGCACUCCCUAGCCUCUGCACAAUCUCGGUGUUGUGAUGUACAGAAAUGGAGAAGAGUAUUAAACCAUAUUUAAGAAUUAAAAAAAUAGCCUCCAAAAACAGAGAAACCCUGUCUCGAAAAAAAAAACCAAAAAAAAAAAAAAGAACUAAAAAAAAUAGUGCUAAAGAUGCCAACACAGUUGAUGUCCUCUGAAGGCAUGGUGGGAGAGCAGAAGGGAAGUCAGUUUUGUUUAAAAGUAUGGCCACUGGACCCUUGAGUAUAUAGGCAGCACAAUUGGACUUGGUGUUUUGUUUUUUUAAAAGAGGGCACAAAAGUAGGAGGGUGGACCUGGGAGGAAUAGGAAAUGAAUAUGAUCAAAGUACAUUGUAUGAAAUUCUCAAAUAAUUAAUAAAAUAUUACAUUAAAAGGAGUUGAGGAUUUAGCUCAAGUCCCCAGAUUCAGUCUUCAGCUCAUAGAUAUAGAUAUAGAUAUAGAUAUUCAGGCAUGGUAGUGAAUGACUUUAAUCCCAGCAUUCAGGAAGCAGAGGCAGGUGGAUCUCUGUGAGUUCAAGGCUAGCCAGGUCUACAUAGUGAUACUCUGUCUCAAAAACAACAACAACAACAAAAAACUAUGUAGAUGAAAAGCACUAAGAUGUGAAGAACUUUAAGAGAUAACAUGAACACUGUAGAAAAGGGUGAUGGGUGAUAUCAUUAAAGUGAAGAAUACCAUAUCAAAACAAGAAUAGAAAAUGCAUCUUAGGUCAAGUGUGGUGGUACAUGCCUUUGAUCCUAUUACUCAGGAGGCAGAAGCAGGUGGAUCUCUGAGUUCAAAGCCAGCCUGGUCUCCAGGGUGAUUUCCAGUCCAGCCAAAACUACAUAGUUGAGACCCCAUCUCAAAAAGAAGAGAAAGAGGAGGAGGAGAAGGAGGAAUAUGUGACUUAGGAAAGUCUGUGAAUCUCUGCCAGUAUAUGGAGACAAGAAUGAGACACGAAGAGGAAAAAGAAAACAUGGACCCCUUAAAGCCCAUACAUGGGAUAAAAUAAAAUAAGUCAGCUUUCACAAGAAGAGGAGAGAAUAAAGGCAAAGUGUAAUAAAUAUGGCAGAACACAUUCAAAUGUUGAAUGAUAAUAAUUUACAUAUCCAAAAAGCUUUAAAACAUUCUAAAUAUUUAAUGCAAAGAAAGUCACACAAUGGCCACAUUAUUAACGUAAAAUUUUUAAAAAUCUAAUAUGAAAAGAAAAUCUUAAAAACCAGCAACAGAAGUGAAGACACAUUGGCAAAGCAACAAUGGUAUAACUACAGCAAAAAUAGGCAGAAGACAGUAGGUUAGUGUUGUGUCCGGUCUGGAUUAGUCCCUUGUUGCAGGGGCCAUUUAUCAUGGACUGAUGUCUUCGGGGCUGCAAUCUGAACCAGCCAAACAACCCUGGGUCCAAAGCUGAGUGGAGGAGUGUGAACGCAGGAUAGGCUAACUCUCCAAGGGUAUUAAGGAUGAGACAGAGACAUCUGUUCAUAUCAGAAGGGCAAUCAGUUAACACUGAAGGCCACGGUUUAUUGAAUCAUCAUCUUAAGUAACCAUCCAAAGGUGGGGGCAAUGACAGAAGACAUCUAUUAUCAUGUAUAAAGGGCUGAUAACAAAUAUUUCCCUUAAUCCUAGAGACACUCCUUUGCAGCAUGUACGCAAGCCCUCAGGCACUCCAGACCAGCACGUCUCACUAGCCUUCAGUAGACUCGCCCUGGCCCAGGGCUUUUGUUGUUUAGAAUUAGGAGUCAUCCACAUUCAAAAAAUUUUAAAUGAAGAGUGCAUGAUUUAAUGCAUCAUGUGGAGACAUCAUGUGGGACAUAACUCUGCUCUCUUUAUUUUUUUAAGUUGUGUUUUCAGAGAGCUAUGAGCAUGCUCCACAAUUCCUUGUCCUUGAGGAUUAUAAGGAAUGACUGUUUUGUGAUCAAUUUUCCAUUGAGCACAAAAUUGCUGAAAUGCUUUCCUAGUAUAUCCAGACCCAUUGUCUGUUUUUAUCACUUUUGGAACUCCCAUGUAAGCAAAACAUUUUAAACAGUGAUUUAUCACAUGCUCAGUGGCUUCUCCAGUUUGUGCAGUGACCAUUAAGAAGCCUGAAUACUUAUCAACUGCCACGUGGACAUAUUUUAACUUGCCAAAUUCUGCAAUAUGACUAACAUCCAUUUGCCACAAAUGGUUAGGAAGCAGGCCUCAAGGGUUUACUCUUAAAUUAGUUGCAGGUAAAUAUUGUGGGCACAUAUCACACUGUCGAUUUGACGAACAGUUUCUCUAGUUAAACCAAAUUGCUUUCUUAGACUUCUGUUAUUCUGAUGAUGAAAGUUAUGUGAUUACUGAGCUCUUUCUACCUGAAAUAAAGUGACAGAUUUUGUUAAUCUAUCUGCUGACUGGUUCCCUUCAGUCAGUGGGCUGGGAAGGUUUGAAUGAGCUCUUAUGUAGCCCACAAAAUACGGCAAUUUUCUUAGAUGAAUUGCAUUUUGAAUUUGCUCAAACAAUAUUCUAACCUCAUCAUUACUAGUUUCAAUGCAUGGAACUGCCUCUAUCACUUAAAGAGCUUUAGAAAUAUAAUGAUCAUCAGUAUACAAAUUAAAUGAAUCAUUUACUAGAAGCUGAAAGACCUUUGUAACAGCUCGUAACACUUACUAUUUAAGCAAAGCUGGAGGUGUUUGUUUUAUAUAUUCUUUGCCAUCUCUAACAUAAGCUGUUCUUCCAUUAGAGGUACCAUCAGUAAAAACUAACAGCAUUUUUCACAGGAUUAGUCCUUACAAUUUUGAGGAAUAUAAAAGGAUGCAUUAGCGCAAAUUACAACAGUCUAUGAGCUGGAAAUUGAUUUUCAGUUUUUCCCGAAAAUUGAGCAAAAGCGACUAUCCACAAAUCAUUGUUUUGAAAUAACCAAUCAACUUGCUGUUUGGUAUAAGGAACAUGUAUUACACUUGGUUCUCUGCCAAACUAUUUCCCAGAUUCCACAUAGCACUUCUGCCCCAUACAAGCUACUGCUUCAAAAUAAGGAUUUAACACUUUGGCUGGGGAAACAGGUAGAUGUAAC